AUGGAGAAGAGCAGUGACACCAACGGCUACCUGGACAGCGCCCCGGCGGGGCCUGGGGCGCCCGGGCCCCCCGCGGGGGGCGCGCGGCGCUGCGCCCGCUUCCUCCGGCGCCAGGCGCUGGUGCUGCUCACCGUGUCCGGGGUGGUGGCGGGCACCGGCCUGGGCGCGGCGCUGCGCGGGCUCGGGCUUAGCCGCACGCAGGUCGCCUACCUGGCCUUCCCCGGGGAGAUGCUGCUGCGCAUGCUGCGCAUGAUCAUCCUGCCCCUGGUGGUCUGCAGCCUGGUGUCGGGCGCCGCCUCCCUGGACGCCAGCUCCCUGGGGCGCCUGGGCGGCAUCGCCAUCGCCUACUUCGGCCUCACCACGCUGGGCGCCUCUGCGCUCGCCGUCGCUCUGGCAUUCAUCAUCAAGCCCGGAUCUAACGCGCAGAUCCUAAAGUCCAGCGACCUUGGGCUGGAGGAUUCGGGCUCCCCUCCGGUCCCCAAAGAGACGGUGGAUUCCUUCCUCGACCUGGCCAGAAACCUGUUUCCCUCAAAUCUUGUGGUUGCCACUUUUAAAACGUAUGCAACUGAUUAUAAAAUGGCCCUCCACAACAUGAGCAAUGGAAACCUAACUCUUGAAAAGAUCCCGAUUGGCACCGAGAUCGAAGGGAUGAACAUUUUAGGAUUGGUCCUCUUUGCCCUCGUGUUAGGAGUGGCCCUAAGGAAACUGGGCUCCGAAGGAGAAGAGCUCAUCCGUUUCUUCAAUGCCUUCAACGAGGUGACGAUGGUGCUGGUGUCCUGGAUUAUGUGGUAUGUUCCUGUGGGCAUCAUGUUCCUGGUUGGAAGCAAGAUUGUGGAAAUGAAGGACAUCGUCAUGCUGGUGACCAGGCUUGGGAAAUACAUCUUUACAUCUAUCUUGGGCCAUUUUAUUCAUGGAGGAAUUGUCCUGCCGCUUAUUUAUUUUGUUUUCACCCAAAAAAACCCAUUCAAGUUCCUCCUGGGCCUCCUCACACCAUUUGCGACGGCAUUUGCCACCUGCUCCAGCUCCGCCACCCUCCCCUCCAUGAUGAAGUGCAUCGAGGAGAACAAUGGCGUUGACAAGAGGAUCAGCAGGUUCAUCCUCCCCAUCGGGGCCACCGUGAACAUGGACGGCGCAGCCAUCUUCCAGUGUGUGGCCGCUGUGUUCAUCGCCCAGCUCAACAACUUCGAGCUGAAGGCGGGGCAGAUCUUCACCAUCCUCGUGACGGCCACGGCGUCCAGCGUCGGAGCGGCAGGCGUGCCGGCUGGAGGCGUCCUCACCAUCGCCAUCAUCCUGGAGGCCAUCGGGCUGCCCACUCACGACCUCUCCCUGAUCCUGGCUGUGGACUGGAUUGUGGACCGGACCACCACGGUGGUGAACGUGGAGGGGGACGCCCUGGGCGCAGGCAUCCUCCACCACCUGAACCAGAAGGCGAUGAAGAAGAAGGGGGCGCAGGAGCUGAGCGAAGUGAAGGUGGAAGCCGUCCCCAACUGCAAGUCGGAGGAGGAGACGUCGCCGCUGGUGACACACCAGAACCCGGCGGGCGGCCCCGCUGCUGCCUGCGCCGUGGAGCUGGAGUCCAAGGAGUCGGUUCUGUGA